GCAGUUUGGAAAACGGGUGUAAAAUCAUCAUCGCGUGGAAGCUACCCAACCCAGUGCGAGUGGACUUGGAAAGAAACGCAACCAGGGCACAUCAAAGGCGACAAGUCAGGCUCCAUCAGCUACGGCAAAUUUAAUUUGGGACCAGCAAAACAACACGUGUACAAAAAGACCCUCCAAGCCCUACUCUACCCUAUCUCCAGCGACACCCCGCACAAAUUCCAGGUUUGGAGUGCCACCGGCCCCACGUACUGCUACGAAUGCGAGGGAAUGCUCUGGGGUCUGGCGCGACAGGGUCUGCGCUGCACGGAGUGUGGGGUGAAGUGCCACGAGAAGUGCCGAGAACUCCUUAAUGCAGACUGCCUCCAGCGCGCGGCCGAGAAGUCGAUUAAACACGGGGCCGAGGACCGGACGCAGAGCAUAAAGCAGGCCAUGUCAGCACUGAUGCACCAGAGAGUGCAGGACAAGCCCGAACUCUUCGAUCUUGUUGCGAAGGUCUUCAAGGUGACUGAUGCCCACAAGCAGAACCUUCAGCAAGCCCAGAAGAGCAUUUUAGACGGUACCAGUCAGUGGUCGGCCAAAAUUGCCAUCACUGUGAAAUGCGCCCAAGGUCUCAUUGGGAAGGAUAAGACCGGCACCAGCGACCCCUACGUCACCGUUCAGGUAGGCAAGGUGAAGAAGCGGACCAAGACCGUACCGCAGGAGCUGAAUCCAGUGUGGAAUGAAAAAUUCUACUUUGAGUGUCACAACGGCACUGAUCGAAUCAAGAUACGCGUUUGGGACGAGGAUAAUGACUUGCGCUCAAAAUUGCGCUCCAAACUGACUUCCGAAUCGGACGAUUUUCUCGGCCAAACCAUUAUCGACGUCCGAACGCUUUCGGGUGAAAUGGACGUCUGGUAUAACCUGGAGAAACGAACAGACAAGAGCGCGGUGUCCGGGGCGAUUAGACUGCACAUCUCUGUUGAGAUCAAAGGCGAAGAGAAAGUUGCACCCUACCAUGUCCAGUACACGUGUCUACACGAGACAAACAAGAAAAACGGGGAGCCGGAAGUCAAGAUUCCAAAGGUUAAAGGGGACGACAGUUGGAAAGUCUACUUUGAUUCGCCAGCACAGGAAAUUAUUACAGAAUUUGCGAUUCGCUAUGGAAUUGAAACGAUGUACCAGGCAAUGACUCAUUUCUCUUGUUUGACGACCAAGUUCAUGUGCACCAAGGUGCCUGCAACCAUGUCGUGCCUGCUUGCCAACAUCAACGCCUUCUACGCCCACACCUCAGCCUCAGGCAACCAGACCGCCUCGGAAAGAUUCAGUGCCAGCAACUUUGGGAAAGAAAAAUUCGUCAAGUUGCUCGACCAACUGCAUAAUUCGUUACGCAUCAGUCUAUCCAUGUACAGAAAUUGUUUCCCAGCUUCCCAACCGGACAAACUUCAGGAUCUCAAAUCGACGGUCGAUCUUCUCACCAGCAUAACUUUCUUCCGUAUGAAGGUUCAGGAGCUGACAAGUCCACCUCGGGCCAGCCAAGUGGUGAAGGAGUGCGCACAAGCGUGCAUGCACACCACCUACCAGUUCCUCUACGACAACGAGAAGGUUUCAACCGAUGAACCUGGGCCAUCUCUGAAAUCCCUUGACUUCUGGCAUCGACUGAUCGCUCUUCUGGUUUCUGUGAUUGAGGAGGACAAGACGACCUACGCGGCUGUCAUCAAUCAGUUUCCGCAGGAGGCGAACAUGGGCCUCAUCAGUGCGUACUGCAUGUGGACGCGCCUCUCAGAAGACCUUUCCGCGGCCCUCGAACAACACGCAGCCGCCUCCAACCGCUACUGCAAGACCUCUGACUACAUGAAUCUCUGCUUCAAAGUCAAGUGGUUCUACAACACGCACAUCGCAGAGGUUCCGGAGCUCAAGUCUGUCGUUCCGGCGUAUCCAAGUUGGUUUGAGCCGUUUGUGAUGCAGUGGUUGAAUGAGAACGACGAGAUCUCGAUGGACUACCUGCGUAACGCGUACCAACGCGACAAAAAAGACGGUUUCCAUCGCUCCAGCGGUCAAGCCCUGUUCUCCAACUCAGUCGUGGACGUCUUCACCCAGCUGAACCAGUGCUUUGACAUCAUGAAAAAAUUAGAGUGUCCUGAUCCGGUUGUGAACGAUCGCUUCUUGAACCGAUUUUCACAGACGGUCGGCAAAGUCCUCCUAACCUACGCCGAGGUGGUGAAGGCCGAUUUCGGACACUGGGUCGAGUUCCAGGAGACAGCCUGCAUCCUGAUGAACAACAUUCAGCAGUGCCGUGUGCAACUGGAGAAGGUAUACGAGGCCAUGGGUGGCGAUCAGAACCUCAAAGAGUACACGCGGGAGGUCAUGCAUGACCUUCAGCAGAUGCUCAACGACGUGAUUGAUGAAAUGGCAGAGCGCUACUCCGUUGCUCUUCGUCCGCAGAUCCUGGCUAAAGUCAAGGAGGUCAACAAGCUGUUGCAUCAGGUGAGCUUGUGUGAGAAAGAACUCACGAAGGCUACGAGUUUUCAAUCGGAGGCGGACCUUAUCCUCCGGCCCCUGAUGGAUCACUUCGAAUCCUCUUUGUCCGUUUAUGCGGACAUUUGUGAGAAAACUGUUUUAAAGAGAAUCCUCAAGGAACUCUGGAAAAUUACCAUGUACACCUUUGAGAAGCAGGUGGUUCUGCCUCCCGUGUCAGAUCCGAGUGCCCUAUUCCUUAAUCUUUCCAUCCCCGUUUCCCAGACCCUGCUAAGCAAUGUCAGUAGCCAGCUGCCGAAUAACAAGCUUCUCCAGGAAAUGUCCAAGGAGAGUGCUAACUUAACACUGCGAAAUCUGACUCCACGCCACUGCCAAAUCCUGGACAUCGCCUUGGACGCCAUCAAGAGCUACUUCCAUGCCGGGGGCAGUGGCUUGAAGAACAGCUAUUUGGAAAAUUCGCCGGAGUUUCAGUCACUACAGUACAUCCUCUCGUUGUACACCCAAACAACAGACGCACUGAUCAAAAAUUUCGUCUUCACGCAAAAGUCACAAGAUAAACCCGCCGUGGAGAAUAGCGUUGGAGAACUUUCAAUCCAGGUGGAUCUCUUCCGACACCCUUCCAACGGGGAACACAAAGUCACCGUCUCAAUCUUAUCGGCGAACAACCUGAAAUGGCAGACAAGCGGUACCUUCCGUCCGUUCGUUGAGGUCUACAUCCUCGGACCGCUGCUCGCGGACAAGAAACGCAAGUUCGCGACCAAGUCCAAGACGGGUGUCUGGUCGCCGACCUUCAACGAGUCCUUCAAGCUAAACGGCGGUUUUUUUUUAUUUUUUACUCGUAACCCCGACUCGUACGAGCUGCACCUCUGCGCGAAGGACUACUGCUUCGGUAGGUCGGAUCGCUUGAUCGGACUGACGGUGCUGCAGUUCGGCUCGUGCGCGUGUUGGUGCGCGCUGGGCAGUCGGCUGAACCUGGACGACACCGGCUGGACCAUUCUGCGCAUCCUCUCCCAACGACCCUCGGACGAAGUGGCCCGGGAGUUCGUGCGGCUGAAAUCCGAGGUGCGAGGCCAAGACGACUCCGUCGCCAAGACCACUGGGUCGGCGCCGUCUACCCUGCGACGCGGCAAAUCCUAG